UUAAAGAAUUAAAGGGCUAGGAUAAAAUAUGUGUAUAUAACUUUUGAGUUAAUGAAUUAUGAUUAUUAAAAAAACUUAUUUUUUAAAACUGACAAUAAGAAGAAAGAACGUGUCCAGUAAAGAAAUGUCUCAAGGAAUGGUGAGCAGAAUGAGUACCUCACAGGACGAGAGUGGCUGUUCCAGUAAUAGAGAACCCCUUUUGAGGUGUUGUGAUGCACGGAGGGACUUGGAGCUUGCUAUUGGUGGAGUUCUCCGGGCUGAACAGCAAAUUAAAGAUAACUUGCGAGAGGUCAAAGCCCAGAUUCACAGCUGCAUAAGUCGUCACCUGGAAUGCCUUCGAAGCCGCGAGGUGUGGCUGUAUGAACAAGUCGAUCUCAUCUGUCAGCUUAAAGAGGAGACACUUCAGCAGCAGGCCCAGCAGCUCUACUGGUUACUGGGCCAGUUCAAUUGUCUCAUUCACCAGCUGGAGUGCACCCAAAACAAAGAUCUAGCCAAUCAAGUCUCUGUGUGCUUGGAGAGACUGGGCAGUUUGACCCUCAAACCUGAAGAUUCGACUGUCCUCCUCUUUGAAGCUGACACAACUGCUUUGCGCCAGGCCAUCACCACAUUUGGGUCCCUCAAGACCAUGCAAAUUCCUGAGCACCUGAUGACUCAUGCUGGUUCAUCAAAUAUUGGGCCCUUCCUGGAGAAAAGAGGCUACAUCCCAUUGCCAGAGCAGCAGAAGUCAGCAUCCAGCACUACAGCUGUCCCUCUCAGCGAGUGGCUCCUUGGAAGCAAACCUGCCAGCAGUCGCCAGGCUCCUUACACGCCCAGCACCAAACUCCAGGACUGGCUCACCCAAAGGCAGACCUCGGAGAAUAGUCAGACUUCUGCCAGAGCCUGCAGUUUCUUUAGUAACAUCUGGGGCAAUCUAACGGGCUUGGAAAACUGGCUCCACAAGAGUCAGCAACAAGUAGUUUCUGAAAAACCAAGCUACCAAAAGUGUAACAGCCAUUCUACGACCAGUUCUUACUCCACUGAAAUUGAAAAGCUUGGAGAUCUAGAGCUCUUGGAGCAAGAUGAGAUGGAGCUUUCUGACUGGCUGGUGACUCCCCAGGAAUCCCAUAAGCUGGAGAAGCCUGGGAGUGGCAGCUGUGAAACCAGAGAGAAGUUUAAGCUCUUGUUCCAGGUGUUCCAGGAGUCUUACAGCGUGAGUGAUUGGCUUGUCAAGCCUGAUUCCUGUACCAAUUGUCAGGGUAACCAGCCCAAAGGUGUGGAGAUUGAAAACUUGGGCAAUCUAAAGUGCCUGAAUGACCACUUGGAGGCCAAGAAACCCUUGUCCACUCCCAGUGUGAUUACUGAGGAUUGGCUCGUCCAGAACCAUCAAGACCCAUAUAAAGUAGAGGAGGUCUGCAAAGCCAAUGAGCCCUGUUCCAGCUUUGCAGAGUGCGUGUGUGAUGAAAACUGUGAGAAGGAAGCUCUGUGUAAGUGGCUUCUGAAGAAAGAAGGAAAGGAUAAAAAUGGCAUGCCUGUGGAACCAAAACCUGAGCCUGAGAAACGUGAAGAUUCCCUGGAUAUGUGGCUCUGUCCAUCCAGAAAAGAGGCACCAGAACAAGCUAAGGCACCCAAGCCAAUGGCUUCCUCAAUUGCUGACUCCUUCCAGGUCAUAAGGAACAGUCCCUUGUCAGGGUGGCUCAUCACCCCCUCCUGCAAAGAAGGAUGUCCCAAGGAAGUUCCUAGAACCGAGCACAGAGCUGGUAAACAGAAGCUUACGAGCCCCUUGCCCACUUCCUGGUGUCCCUUUAAAACAGCUGACUGGGUCUUGCCAGGGCUGAAGACAGAAGACCAUACCCAGAUAUCCUCAGGAGAGGACAAGUGGCUACUUCGAAAGAAGGCCAAGGAAGUAUUACUUAACUCACCUCUACAGGAGGAACGGAACUUCCCCCCAGACCGUUACGGCUUCCCAGCAGUUUGUGAUCUCUUUGCCUGUAUGCAGCUUAAAGUGGAUAAAGAAAAGUGGUUGUAUCGAACUCCUCUACAGAUGUGAAGGAAUGGAGGACUAGAGUCGAGCAACUUUUCUGCAGAUUAUCACAAAUCCAUGAGCCGAGUGACUGCAGCUUGCCAAAUCAUUUUUUCUGGGUCUGAUGCAGUUCCUUUCCUGGCUAAUUUCAAACCAAUGAAGAGAAAAGUCAUCAAAUUAUAAGUUACUGUGUAAAAGAAAAAGGCUGUUUGUUGAUACUGAGGUGAUUCAGUUCCUUCUUACAGAAGUAUUAAUUCACUCCUAUACUAGAAACACAGCAUCUUAGUGGAUAGGUCUUUUUCAUACGCCUCCAUGGCUCCUUAGAUUGGGUUACGAGAAGUACAUUGAAACACUGUAGUUUUAAAAAAUGAAAUCAUUCUAUAAUCAAGGUGUGUUGAUACAUUAUUCUGAAGCUAGUAAGCUUACCUGAUCUUUUGAUUGCCCUUCUUUGGAUGAUUCUCUUGCUGUGGGUUUUCUUCCAUUAAUGGUGAAGUCUUCUGUUUAAUAAUACACAAUAUACUUUACACAAAUAAUUAACCUUGCCAAUAUAGUGGUUUUCCUUACCAAAAUGUGUAUUAACAAUCUUGGCAGUUUUUGACAUCAGUUAUAAAUCAUUUUAGUUUAUAUGCCAGAUUCUAUGUUAUUUUUCUUUCAAAAGAAACUCAGUUACAAGUUUUGUCUUUAUUCUCUACCCUUCUCUAAAUGUUAAGGUAUCUAGGGAGCUCUCUUAGAAGGGCUCCAUACUGCUUAAGACUAGAUUCAGGGUGGUCCUAGCCUUUCAAUUUACUAUGCCCUACAGGCAAAAGAACCCCAGUGCCGACUAAUCGAAAAGCAAAAGGCAAGACACGCUGGCAGUGUAUUACUUGAACCGUUCAUUAUCCUCAAGUGUUACUGGUGCAUCCUGUGUAAAUGGAAGCUGAACUUCACACCUGGUGCUUUUAACUAAGGAUGAAUCAAAUGUUCUCUCACUGCAAGCAUAGCUUACCUAUACCUCUAGAAGUAUAAUGCAGUGACAUUUUAGUGAAUAGGCUGUUUUGAACACUUGUGCCUUGGGGUGUUUACUGAAGCUUUAUGAGAACUAUCGAUACUUCCUUAGUAUCCUUAAAGUUAUGUCCAUGCUUUGAAGUUUCACUGUAGGAGAGAAAUGGAAUUUAUACCAUGUUACAAAAUUCUCAGAGACAUCUUAGCUGCUUUCCAGGCUUUGAAGCUAUUAAGCCAUUCAACUUGCCUCUAUGUUACUGGAAAUACUUUUGCUAAAGUUUGUGACGUGGUCAUCUAGAAAGCCCUGUUGGGGAAACUUCCCAGUGCCAGUGUCGUUGCCACACAGCUUCAUUAGAACUCUUGACCCACAGCUGAAAACAGCCUCCUAUUAUUUUUUAGUUCCCCCAGAUACCAUUUAGAACUUUAAAAGUAAAGGUGGUGGGUAAAAACUUAAGAAGGAGCCUUUUCAUUUAUCUUAGGUUGCAGGAAACUUUGUAGUUUUUGAAGUUUAACACAUUGUGUAUUCCUAAAUUUACAUUAAGCACUGUGCUAAUGAGUAUGUAAAACAUUCUUUUGCAUUGAUGCGUUUUGUACCUCCCUCCAUUAAAAGCAUAACAGCCAAA